GAUUCCAACGGUGGUCCUCCUUCUGGUUAUAGUGCUCUGCGUCGUUAGAAUUUCUGAAAUCGGCGCUCUGGAUGCUCUUCACGCCGAAUUCUGAAGCAAACCAUGAGUCAAAUUGCAUGCCCGAGAACUGAAUCUACUCCUCAUCGCCUCUACGACUUUGCCAAGUUGGCUCUCAUCAAGAUUUUCGCUCACCCUUACGCCACGGUGUGUGACUUGUAUUGUGGAGGCGGAGCAGAUGCUGAUAAGUGGGACGAAGCUCAAAUCGGUCACUUUAUUGGAAUUGAUGCGGCUUCGUCUGGUAUAAGCCAGAUGCGAGAAGCGUGGGAGAGCCAGAGGAAGGCUUACACUACAGAGUUCUUCGAGAUUGAUCCCUGCACGGAGAACAUAGAAAUGCAUCUGCAGGAGAAGAUUAAUAAGGCUGAUCUUGUCUGCUGUUUGCAGCAUUUGCAGUUGUGUUUUGAGAGUGAAGAGAAAGCACGGAGACUUCUGCAUAAUGUAUCAUCUUUGCUGAAACCCGGGGGUUACUUUUUUGGUAUUACUCCUGACUCAUCUACCAUAUGGGCUAAGUACCAGAAGAAUGUUGAAGCUUAUCACAACAAAAGCAGCAGCAUGAAGCCAAACAUCGUUCCCAACUGUAUUCGGACAGAGAAUUACAUGAUUACUUUCGAAGUUGAAGAAGAAAAGUUUCCACUAUUUGGAAAGAAAUAUCAGCUGAAAUUCUCUAAUGAUGCCUCUGCAGAAACCCAUUGCUUAGUUCACUUUCCGAGCUUCAUCAGGUUGGCAAGAGAAGCUGGCCUUGAGUAUGUGGAGAUUCAAAACUUGACUGAGUUUUAUGAUGACAAUAGAGCACAAUUUGCAGGCUUGCUAAUGAAAUCUGUUCCAAACCUGUUGGAUCCUAGAGGGAGACUUUUUCCUCGAUCAUAUGAUGCACUAGGUCUCUAUGCCACAUUUAUAUUUCAAAAGCCUGACCCAGAUGUCACACCCCCGAUAUCAACUCCAUUAAUGCAGGAGCCAACUUACAGUCACGAUGAGGGAACCAGUUGGCGAGAUGAGGAAAUUAAUGUUCCAGUGCCAGUGCCAGUGCCAGUCCCUGUACAAGCCCCAGUCCCUGUUCAAGCCCCGGUCCCAGUCCCACUCCCAGUCCCAGUCCCAGUCCAAGUCCAAGUCCCAGUCCAAGUCCCACUCCCAGUUAUAGUAGUGGAGCCUCCUCUUGGGUUGGGCAAGAUAAGCGAGCAAAAAGGGAUUUUGGGUCCUGGCCCUGCUGAUUUACGAUUCCCAGAGGCACUCUGAUUCUUUAGGAGAGGAAAAAACGUAUCCCAUUUAGAAGCGAAGAUUGCUCUCAACUAGAUUCCAUGUAUAGAAAAUAGGUAUGUGAAACUAGUCAUAAAUAGACACGUAGUAGCUUAAGCACCCUCUUUCAGGAGGACUAUAUUUUAUAUGUUUACUGUUUAUUUUAUGAAUAGUUUGACACAACUCUUCCGUUGUAUAUGGGGUCUGUUAGAGGAAAUAGACAAGUGGCUGUUCAUGCACUCUGAUUCAGUGUUUAUUUUAAAGGCAUUUGGCGUCCAAA